UGACUACAGAGUGUGUUGCGCUCGUGGCUGCGUUCAACAGGAGUCAAGAGACAAUCAGGCGCGUUUAAGAACUUAGAAGCGAUUUACUUAUCGAUUGAGAAGACUACAGAAUUCUUCAGUCGGUCCAUUUUGCAUAGAUUCCCACUAGAUCGACCAUUUUUAAGUGACAUGUUGCCGUUUUCCGCUUGAGCACCAGAGUCUCUUGCGCGCGUUUGGAACAGUGUGCAUCGCGCGCGGUCUCCAGUCCGCCUGAGAUAUUUUAUAUCAGAAGAUUUCUGGAUAUUUCGCCAUGGCACCGCCACAGAACGGAUCUAACCUAACGGGGAACUUUACAAACCAGUUCGUGCAGCCGCCGUGGCGCGUCGCGCUCUGGUCUGUGGCGUACAGCUCCAUUCUGGCGAUCGCGGUGUUCGGGAAUCUGAUCGUCAUGUGGAUCAUUCUGGCUCACAAGCGGAUGCGAACCGUCACCAAUUACUUUCUGCUCAACCUGGCGUUUUCAGACGCGUCGAUGGCCGCCUUCAACACUUUGAUUAAUUUUGUUUAUGCCACACACGGUGACUGGUAUUUUGGAGAAGCCUACUGUAAAUUUCACAACUUUUUUCCCGUCACCUCCGUGUUUGCCAGCAUUUACUCCAUGAGCGCAAUAGCAGUCGACAGGUACAUGGCCAUCAUCCAUCCCCUGAAACCACGACUCUCAGCCACAGCCACUAAGGUGAUCAUUGUGUGUAUUUGGGUGCUGGCGGUGGUUUUGGCCUUUCCUCUGUGCUUCUUUUCAGUCAUCAAAAAAUUACCCAAGCGGACCCUCUGCUACGUUGCCUGGCCGAGACCUUCAGAGGACCCUUUCAUGUAUCAUAUCAUAGUAGCCUUGCUGGUGUACAUUCUGCCCCUGGUGGUCAUGGGAAUUACCUACACUAUUGUUGGGUUGACACUUUGGGGAGGAGAGAUUCCUGGAGACUCAUCAGACAACUAUCAGGGCCAACUACGAGCCAAAAGGAAGGUGGUGAAAAUGAUGAUCAUCGUAGUGGUGACCUUUGCCAUCUGCUGGCUGCCGUAUCAUGUCUAUUUCCUCGUUACGGGGUUGAACAAGCAGCUGGCUAGACAGAAGUUUAUUCAGCAGAUCUAUUUGUCAGUCAUGUGGCUCGCCAUGAGCUCCACCAUGUACAACCCUAUUAUUUACUGCUGCCUGAACAGCAGGUUUCGGGCCGGCUUUAAACGUGUUUUCCGCUGGUGCCCAUUUGUGCGGGUGUCAGACUAUGACGAGCUCGAGCUGCGGGCCAUGCGGCAUAAAGUAGCACGCCAGAGCAGCAUGUACACACUCUCACGAAUAGAGACCACCGUUGUAGCCGUGUGCGACCCCUCAGAGCCAAGCGGCCACCCAGGCCGGAAGAGCCUUCACAACCAUCAGCACAACGGCUGCUCCAACCCAAACAAGAUCAAAGAAGUAACAUACAUGCAGAGCGACCUGAAGGAGGAAUUCUGCUAAGAUGGACUUUGACGUAAGAUUCACACUGAAGUAUCAAGCACAGCCAUUUUAACAAAGCCUCAUUUAGUCAUAUCAUUAAUUGAAUAUGCUAAUAUAUAACACAUAAACAGCAUUCUUAUACAGUAAAUUUUCCAAAAAUGUGUUUUAUGGAGCAUGUCUGGUUUGAGUCACCCCCAGCACUCAUCAUCACAAAGACCAAUUCUGUCCAACAUCUGAGGAGCACUUUGUCCGUAGCUGAAAUUGUAGAUAGCGGUUGCCCUUUGAUGCCAAUCAGGUGCUCUUUUCUUUCAUCAUACGCUUAGCAAGGUUAGCAUGCUACUUGAAUGUCCAAGUUUUGAUUUCUCUCAGGAGCUGAACGCUCAAUUCUAGUUCAAAUAUCUUGUGUUUGAAAAGGUUCAGAUUGAUACUACAUCCUGAGCUGCUAAAUGAGUAGGUGCGUUUCCAGCACACGAGCUGCUUGGCUGAAUCGUGUAGGGAAAUUUGUUAGCUUCAUAUUCUCUCCUGUUUAAUCUAAACCAUUUAAUGUAAUUGAUGAGAUGGUAAACCAAUUGUGCAUCACCUUAUUAGCAUAGCAAAGAUCAAUUUUGAAAUUUGACCUUGACAGACGCAAUUGGACUACUGCAGGAAAUUUUUUUGUUUGCAUGGAGUAACUAGAUGACUUGUUCAUUUGGCAGAGAGCACUGCGUGGGAUACCGUAUCCCAAAAUGCAAUGCGUAUUACUUUUCAUGACCUUUUGCUUCCAAAGCGAUGAAAGAACUAGCUGUUUUCUUUGAUGUUACAUUGUCUCAUUGGUCUGCUGAUCAGAUUUUUAUUUGUUUCUGCAAAAACUAGAUGCUAUAUGUUGAAUUAAACAUGCACAGAGUAAGAUCUUGUUGAAACAAUGUAGCAUGAUACAGUUUGAAAUAUUUGCAUAAUGUGUGCUGUUGCACAUACUAUGUUUAAAAUUUAAUAUACUGUCCAUAUAGUGUUGUGCAUUAGAUUGGGCCAAAAUACAGUACAUGGAAUAUUAUUACAGAUUAAAAUAACUGAUUUUAGAAAGGAUUUGUUCCUGUGAUGACAAAGCAGUCAUUACUCCAGUCUUCGGUGUCACAUGCUCAUCCAGAAAUCAUUCUAACUUGCUGAUUUGCUGCUCAAGAAACCGAAUCGAAAAUGGUUGUGUUGCAUAAUAUUUUGUAGAAAGGGUGAUCCAUUUUUUCAGGAUUCUUUGAUGGAUACUUCAAAAGAACAGCAUUUAUUUGAAACGAAAUUAGCAUUUAUUUGAAGUCUGUUGUAACAUUAGAAAUGUCUUACUGUCACUUUGAUCGCUUUAAUGCAUCUUGAUAAACAUAAGUUUUUUAAUUCCUUACUAACCUAAACUUUUUUGUAGUGUACAUAAUAUACUUCAGUUUUACACUUUUUACUGGCACAAUAUUUAAAUGCUUAAAUGAAACUCUUCUUUCAAAAUCAACUGAUACAAUGUUAAAAAAAAAAAAAAAAAAAAAAAACUUAUAUUAUCCAGUGACAAGGCUGUAAACGUUUUAAUGGAUUAGUUCACUCCUGAAUUAAAUUUUCUUGAUAAUUUACUCACCCCCAUAUCAUCUAAGAAGUUCAUGUCUUUCUUUCUUCAGUUGAAAAUAAAUUUUACGUUAAACAUUUAUUUAUUAACAUUUAUUACCAUAACAUUUUAGGAAAAAAGGUUUUUGAGGAAAACAUUCCAGGAUUUUUCUCCAAAUAGUGGACUUCAGUGGGAGCCAGUGGUUCAAAUUGCAGUUUUAAUGCAGCUCUACACAAUCCUAGCCGAGGAAUGAGGUUCUUAUCUAGCAAAAUAAUCGGUCAUUUUCUAAAAAACAUAAAAAUAUGUAUUCUUUUUAACCACAAAUGCUCAUCUUGCGCUAGCUCUGCGAUGCACGCCUACGACUUCCCACAUUAUGUAAUAGCGUUGAAAAGGUCAUGGGUGGUUAGUUCUGUGUUAGUGUAUUUUGGUUAAAUAAAAGUAGGGUAAGGCGAAAAACUCCAUCUCAUUUUCUCCUCCAACUUCAAAUUAGAGUUGUCAAAAGGUACCGGGUUCGGUACUUUCCGCACUGAAAUUUUAAAAACGUCCAUUUCCCAAACGUCCAUUUCACAUUUGAGCAUUGUUGAGCCGAUUUUUAAACAUCGCUGAUUGGCCAUAGUGUUCACGCACUCAACAGACAUGACUGUGAUCGGCUACAAUGAUAAGCACUUCACGCUAGAGCUGAAGAUCUUUGCCCGAACCCGACGAAACCCGACGGGACCCCGACGGUUUUGGUCGGGUUCGGGCCUAAUUUAUAUCAUUUUACACGGGCUCGGGCCGGGCUCGGGCUUGCGCUCCGGCUUGCACAGUAAAUGAGCAGUCAUGUGAUGCGUUUCGAUUAGCGCAAGAAAGAUGUGAAAAUGGAUGCUGAGGAGGUGAAAUGGAGGCUUGCCUCUGGUGAUUACGUUUUGGCAAAAUUUGUGAAACUUGCAAAAUUAGGACAGCGCUGAAGCAACAGUGGAUUCAAUAAUUUUUCUCCACAAAAACAUGUAGCCUAAUCUUGGUGAGUAAAGGUUUUUAAAAUUAUAACUAAAUAUUAAUUGAAUCUUAAAUGCAUAAUGUAGACAGAGUAUAUAGGCUAAUAUCGGCAUUAUUCUUUUAUUGCGUUUCAGCUUCUAUUCACCGUCGCGUUGAGGCCGGAUUGUGGAGAGAAGUGGCGAAUCAAAUCCCGCAGAGCCUUUAUCUUAUUUUCGUUAUAGCCAAAUACCCAUCUUAAUUUAGAACUUAUCUUAAUUUAAUUUGUUAAGAAAGAGUCAUUUUUAUUGACGUGUUGGCCUAUUUAUAGGCUGAGUGUGUGCCUAUUUAGAGUGCUGAGAUGUUACGAUGUUACAGAGGACUUAUUUUAUUUCUAUAACUUCCAAGUGGCCUAUAGUCUACGUUAGUCAUUAAUAAAUUAUGUUAAAACAUGUAUAAAUGACUGUGCUUGCGCACAUUUGAAUAAUGUCGGGCUGUAAACGGGUUCAGGCUUUUAAAAAGCUGUCAAUCAAAAUAUACUUGUCGGGCUCGGGCCCUGUCGGGCCUAACUUUUAAGGCCCGAUUACAGCUCUACUUCAUGCUCCUCACUGAAUGCUCACACACAACAGGAGCAUUUGAAAGCUGUGUGUCAGCGGAUCCCUAAUACAUCUGCACGUAGAUGCCUCAGUGUGAGUGGGAAAUGGACGUUUUAAAAUUUCAGUACCGAAAGUACUGAACCCAGUACCUUUUGACAGCUCUACUUUAAAUUAAUCCAAUAUCAUUGUUUUACCUUUUUUUGUAAAGGGUGUUUGACUUUCUUUGCACGUUCGCUUUGUAAACACUGGGUCAGUACUUCUGCCUAUAUCAUGUGUGACCUUUCCAACCUAAUGUCCAAAGCCAUGGAUGCAAAGCUAGUGCAAGGCGAAGAUAUGUGGUUAAAAAGUAUACAAGUGUACAAAAGUCUUUAAAGCUGCAUUGAAACUGCAAUUUGGACCUUCAACCCAUUGGGCACCAUUGAAAUCCAUUAUAUGUAGAAAAAUCCUGGAACGUUUUCCUCAAAAACUUAAUUUCUUUUGAACUGAAGAAAGAAAGACAUGAACAUCUUGGAUGACAUGGGGUAAGUAAACUGAAUAUUAAUCAGGGAAUUUUAAUUCUGAAGUGAACUAAUCCUUUAAUGGGCUAUGUUAUUCAGAUGGUUCCUAAUAUCAGCCGAUUAAUCAGUUCAGUUGACUAGUAUGAAAUAUGCUGGUGGUUAGUUUUUAAUUUGUUAAGUGAAUUGCACAUAACAGACACAUACCUGUGUAAACAGAGAUAUAAUACCUCACCGUAUCUCUGUUUUCACAAUGCAAAAACUGUGUUUUCAGAAUCAUCCUUUUAGGAGAGCAUCUUCAGAAAGCUCAUUUUCCUAGGACAAAAAUAGCAUCUCGGUGUAGACGAAAAGCCAAAACGUAGAGAAAAAGACCUUCAAAUGUUUUCAGAUAAGUAUAGACACAGCGUGUGUUGUUUCUUGUGAUGUUUGAUGCUAGAUGCUAGAUGCUAUUUUAGGUUUACCUGAAUCAGGUAAACCACUGAGACUAAAACGGUUGUGAUUUAUCUGGUCUGUUUGAUUUCGUUGCCAUUGCAUCAUCACUUUGAAUGGAAAGCAGUCCCCUUUUUGCAGCUGGUAACUAUAUUCUGAGAGCAUUGCUGGUGUAAAUACUUGCUUAUCUGCCAACUCAGACUCCUUGGCACAGACUAUAACUGAAUGUUAUAGUGAUGAUUAUAGUGUAAAACUUCUUAUCGACUGUACAAUCGCACAGUUUCCACAACAGAUCAACACCUCAUAUUGUUUUUUUAAUCAUUUACCCCCCAAUCGUUGAGUUCUUUUGUCCAUUCUACCCUUUACUUCUUAUUUGUGCCAUGUCUUUGAAUCUCUGGCAGGAAAGCUGGUGUUUCGUUCGUACUGUUCAAUGAAGCUUCCAGCUGAGCAGCAGUGAGGGGUCUGUUUCUCAAAUUAGAGGCUGUGAUGUAUUUGUCCUCUUGUUGUUGAUCAUCGGUCCGUCCACAUUCUGUCUUGGUUAGAUCUAGUUUGCUUUCUUUAAAGACAGUACAGAAGGAACAGCCUUCAUCUCUUAAAAGAAAUAUGUUGGUGUCUGGUCAUUUUUGAAACAAAAUGUGACAAAUGUGCUUCAGAAACUGUUUCAGAAAAUGCUUUCCACACUUAAUCACAAUUAUAAGAAGAAAGGUUUCUUGAGUACUACAGUACAUUAGAAUGGUUUCUUAAUUUAUGUAACAAAAGACUGGAAUAAUGGCUAACAGGAGUUAGGCUUUGCAUGUAUCAGAGGUAAAAAAUUGGUUUAGUAAAUAUAAAAGUAUAUAAAUAUAAAUUAUUGCUGUUAUCAUACCUCAUUUGUUUUUGUCUUGUCAAAAGAAGAAAACAAACAAAUGAACCCAAAAGAAACAGGUUUAAGAUAAAAGGUUUUGCUUAAAAUGAAAGAAGGAAUUUCCAUACCUGGAUGGAGUCUUACCUUGUUCAGCCUCAGAGUGAUGCAAGUGCCCCAUUUAAAUUUCUCUCUUAUCUCGUCCUUAGGUUGUUUUCCAGGGGUUGUACUUGACUCUCAUGAUAUGCUCCAGGUCUGUGCUCUUGCUUUUUGUCUUUAUUUAAAGCUCUGUGUUAUGGCAAUUUUCUCUGGAGGGCUCAUAUGUUUAAACACGUUAAUAAUUUCCCUCCAAAAAUGAAAAUUCUGUCAUUUACUCACCUUCACGUUGUUCCAAACCUGUAUGGAUUUCUUUUUUCUGUGAAGCACAAAAGAAAAACAAAAGAAUAUUUGCAACAACAUGAGGGUGAGUAAGUGAUCCCUAUAUGGUGUAUGCUUGCUAUUUAUUAUUAGAUUUGCAUAUAGAUCACACUCCCGGUGGAUGUUUCUCCAGCCGAGUAUAUAUUGUUUUCCUCAAUUCUCUUCAUUUUGCCUGUUUAGAAGCAAUUAUGAGGUAAUCCAUCACUAAUAAAGACAAAACAAGAUCUGUAGCUGGCAUAGCCUUAGGCAUCGAUUGGUUAAGCCUGAGGAGUGUUGGCCACAAACCUGACUUAUAAGUUGUUGCUUGGAAAGAUGUCUGGAGGCCUUGGUAUGCUCACCCUCACUGCACCACCAAUUGCAAGUUUAAUGGAUUUUUUCCAGGUGAGGAAAGCCAGCUGUGGCCACUCAGAUAAAAACGGUGUGUGCUCACUGUUUGUGCACAUGUGCACUCACACAUGUAUGCAGAAAUACAUGCAUACAGCAUAUAUUCAUCUCUUUUUUUUUAUUGUGCAUUUUUUGACAAUUUAUUAUGUCCUUGUAAAACAUGGGUCAGAUUAACGUGGGCAUAAUUAAAGUAUGCCAGCUUUUAAGGAGAAAACUAUUAUUAUUAUUAUUAUUAUUAUUAUUAUUUUUAUUAUUUACAGAAAGUAUGUGAAUUCCUGUAAAUAUCCUUGAUAACACCUAAGAUUAAGAAUUAAUUCAAAAUUGUACAAAAGUAUAUUUAAAAGCCUUGAUGUUCAUAUACAAUACUGUUUAAAUGUUUGUGAUCAGUAAUAUUUUUUUGUAUAAUAGUUGAUAUAAAAAUACUUUUAUUCAUCCAGGAUCAAAUCAUUUGAUAAAAAGAAGUGACAAUGUUACAAAAUGUUUAAAUUAAAUAUUUUUUAUUUAAAUAAAUACAGUUCUCUGAACUUUCUAUUCAUCAGAGAAUCCUGAAAAGAAAUUUAAAAAUCACAGUUACACAAUUUGUUGAGUCAACUUAAAAUAAUUUGUUACCCUGCUGCCUUAAAAUUUUAAGUUCAGUCAACUCCAAAAAAGUUUAUUCAACUUGAAAUGUUAAGUUGUACUAAGUGACAACUUAGAUAUUUGUGUUUAAGUAACCCAGCUGCCUUAAAAAAUUAAGUUUAACAAACACAAAUAUCUAAUAUCUAUUGUCACUUAACAUUUCAAGUUGAAUAAACUUUUUUGGAGUUGACUGAAGGCAGCCGGGUAACAAAUUAUUUUAAGUUGACCCAACAAAUUGUUUUUUACAGUGUAAGCUUAAUACAUUUGUGGAAACUGUUUUUAACAUUAAUGAUAAUAAAAAAAUAUUUCUUGAGCACCAAAUCAGCACCAAGCCAUCAUACACUCUUAAAAAGCAUGUGUUGAAAACAACACAACCUGUGUUGUUUCUUAACACACACCUCUGCGUCUAGUUUAGGACAACACAUUUUAACUCAAACUGUUAUUCCUGCUAAUUUCAGCACACUAAUGCAGGGUUCCCAGGUUUUACAAAAAACCUGCCCAAUUGCUAAUCAAAAUUAGCCCAAAACUAACCCAAUCGUGUUUUGGAGCAGAUCCCUCUGUAAAAAUCAUGUUCAAAAUCAUGGGCUGUAAAAUACACUUUUUCGGCAGGGUUCCCCUGUUAAAAUUUGCAUUCCAGGGGUUAAAUAUCAUAUUAUUGAGGUUGCUUUAACGAGACAUGAAACGGGACAUGAAAAACAAUCUGUGGCAAGAGUUUUAAACGAGCCGCAGACUUGGCAAAACUGCACUAAUGUGUUAUAGUUACACAAUUUGUGUAAAUUAUGUACACAAAAUUACACAAAACGUGUUCAAAUAGGCAACACAAAAAAUAUGUUAAAAAUGAACACAUCCUGUUUGAGUGUAAGAAUAAAUUACAUUUUUAAAAAUGUAAUAAUAUUUAACAAUUUUAUUGUUUUAACUAUAUUAAUAAAAUAAAUGCAACCUUUAAAAAAAUUACAGACCACAGUGGAAGUGUACAUUUCAUUGUAUAUAAUCAUCAGUUUCAUCAGUUUAAUGCUUAAUCAAGCUUUUACCUUAACCUAAAUAACCUAUGGACAAAUAUAAGUUACUGAAUCUCACAACAAAGCGACAAUAUCAAAGAACAACUUUGUUCUUUGAUGUUGUUUGAACAAAGCACUUCUGGCAUUUUGUGGCCUGGUUUCUUGUCUCAUAUCAGCUCUUGCAUUGUGUCCUUUAAGUGACUUUCCUUGACUCUUUUGAACCUUUUUUCUUCCCUUAGAUUUUGUUUCAGUGUUAAUUUUGUUGAUGUUAAACAUCUUGCAUAUCAGUAACCUUUAAAUUGUGCAUAGCUGCAUUGCUGUUUUGGACAAGCCUACAGCCGACGUUCUUGUAAAUAUAUGCCAGUGCACCUGCCUAGUGAAUGUGCAGAGACCAUUUGAAAGUAUAUUAACCAGGAAUGUAAAAUACAUCAUGGACGUGCUUUGACAGUGUCAUACAUUCCUAAAAUUGCUAACAGACAAUGAAUGAAUGAUUACACCAUUAUCACCCCCCAUCUGUCUUGAGUGAACACUUACGAAUGUAUACAUGUCAGAGCAUCAGAGCAUGUCCCUUUCGCCUUAUCACUGUAUUUCUGAAAUCCAUGUUUUUAUGUUAAAAAGGCCCUGUAUAUCUUUAACAGAAUGCGUUCAGCACCUGUAUGUCAUGUAUUAUGUUAAUUCCAGUGUGUACAGUACUUUUUUUCCCCCACAUAUGUUUAAUUGUGUUUGAGGUCUGAAGCUCUGUGGAUUUACGUGAGCCAUUCCUAUUAUAAUUUAUCACAAGGACAUUUGAUUUACUGUGUAUACUGUAGUUACAUAAGCAUAACAGUCUGUACUUGUGGAUGUUUGUGCAGGUUCUUACAUGUAUUAUAUAAAACAGUAUUAUUAUAUUUAAUUAGAUGAGCUUUGGGAUUUUAAAAAUCUCAAAAAUGAUUGUAUAAUCAUCAGUCUAUAACUUAUAACUGUAAGCUCAGAUAUUGUGUGCUUUAUUGAUAGCUUGUGACAAAUUAGCCUUUUUAAAUGAAUGUUUCAGCUGUGGUUUCCUUUUUAAAGUCCUGUACAAACAAGCAAACUUGCCAUUUUCCCUGGUUAAAUGACUACUGGUUUACAAGCAUUCACAUCAAAAAUUGAAGAUUUGCUGAAAAUGAUACAGAUGAGAAAUUUACAUCAUUUGCUCACCAAUGGAUCCUCUGAAGUGAAUGGGUGCCGUCAGAAUGACAGUCCAAACAGCUGAUAAAAACAUCACAAUAAUUCACAAGUAAUCCACAUGACUCCAGUCCAUCAAUUCACAUCUUGUGAAUUGAAAAACUGCAUAUUUGUAGGAAACAAAUCCAUCGUUAAAGUGUUUUAACUUUAAAUCAUUGGAUAAAAUAUGAAUCUGUUAUUCAGAAUAAUGCUUCCUGAAUUGUUUUGGCCUGUUUUCACUUGUAAACGGUGCUCCAUCUGUGCAUAUUUCUCUCCUGAUUCAAGCAAGAUGGCUUUUUCAAUGGAAAAAAGCAAUAUUAUAAAUAGAGCUCUUAUAUUUUAGCCAGAAGAAAUGGUUCAAAGGGUUAAAAUUUAUUAUAAACAUGACACAUUUAGCUUCACAAGAUGUUAUCGUGAUGUUUUUACCAGAUGUUUGGACGCUCAUUUUGACGGCACCCAUUCACUGCAGAGGAUCUAUUGGUGAGCAAGUGACGUAGUGCUACAUUACUCAAAAUCUGGUCCAAAGAGGAAACCAACUCAUCUACGUCCUUCACGGCAUGAGGUUAAAAACAUUUUCAGCUAAUUUUAAUUUUUGGGUGAACCAUUCCUUUAAGGAACAAUAAAAACUGCGGGAUAAAGCUAUGUAUUACACUGAACAAGUUUUUACAAAUGACUAGCUUUUUUGAUAAUGGUGUUGUCUGAUCUUGCACAUGAUAGACGUUUAUUAAUUAGUGUACAGUUUACUGUGAUUCCUAACUUUCAUUUUUUUGUUGUUGUUGUUGAAUGUGUUUGGUUAAAAAGCUCUGUACUGCCAAUGUUUUUGUUAGAUAUUCUGACUCUAGUACAAGUAUUGUAAUUGCCAAACCGUGAUUGAUGAUAAUAAAUGUGUUCUAAGGCUUUUAAAAUGACAAAUGUGAGAUUCCGGUCCUCA